UUCCUCCCUCGGUAUUAGUGAUCAUAAACUUCGACACAACGCCGAAAAAAGCGUGCCGACACCAACUUGCUCGCCCAUAAUCAAUCUACAAAGCGAUAGCGAUACUCUGCCAUUCCAUACAGACUUCCAAGAUUCUCAGAAAGGUUUAAAGGCCGCAAUAUCAUUUCCGUCUUCAUAUUACCAAUGCUACCCCAGCAUCAAUUAUAUCCAAAUAUGAGAUGUUCCCCUGCAUUCACGUGGCACAGCCCAAUGGGAUUGCCUACAAUGGGUUGUUGGUUGUAUGAAGUUUCAAAUUUGCAUUAGGGAUCUUACACGAAAAUUAAGGCUGAAGAUAUACAUAGAUGAUUCUGGUUGAGCGUUACCCACGUUUUAAUACGAGCUAUCUCGAGUAGCUUCACCAAUUCUUCAAGGCCCUUUUCAAUGGUCAAUAAUGGCUGCACUAAACCCCAUGGAUGAAUACCCCAUGGCGGUUUCUCCAUUAUCAGAACAUUCAACAUUAUCGCCCGGACACUCGUCACACAGGACGACAUUUGAACCAUCAUUUCGCAGUGAAGAUGGUAUAGCAGGUCCAGAACUCGGAACAGGGCCCGUCAACCUACGAGCGACCGCAGAUCAAUUAGGAAGCGAUCGCGCUGCAUAUUUUCCAUUAGCAACACAUGAUUACCACCAGGACAAAACCUUCGCCCAAGAAGGAAGCAGAUCACCCUUUGGAGCGAAACUGUCUCGAGGUUCUACGGUAUAUUCAAAUACCGAAAAUGAGGAAAAAUCGCCAAACGUUGUGGUGCCGGAUCAGCAUCCGCAAAGGCCUUCAUUAUUAAGACCUAGUUCCCCAUGGUGGUGGUGGUGGGAAAUAUCAUCAAGUAUCGUCAGCAUCAUUGCCAUGUGUCUAGUCAUAGCCAUACUAUGCGUUAUCUAUGACAAGCCUGCAUCUACUUGGACAUGGCCAAUCACACCAAACUCCCUGGUUGCUAUGUGUACGACCGUUGGGAAGAGUGCGAUGCUUGUCUCCGUCGCCUCUUGUAUCAGCCAGCUCAAAUGGCGACACUUCACAUUAGGUCCACGUCCGCUCGACCACAUUCAAGCCUUUGAUGACGCUAGUAGAGGUCCUUGGGGCUCAUUGUCACUACUAGUACGCGGUCGAGUUCGAGUUAUUCCCGUCUGGAGCCUUGCUCUAAUAACUUUAGUUGCCUUAGGGAUUGAGCCUACUACGCAGCAGAUUAUAGGCUGGCAAUUACGCGAAACUAGGGUGACGAAUGCUACAGCUCAGAUUGGUAGAGCACUGGUUUACAAGUCAAAUGCAUACCCAUACCCCCCACCUAGCUUUUAUUGGCCUACAGCAGGACUAUUACCUUUCCAGUCUUCAAUUAUCAACGCGAUGAUCAACGGUCCCUCCAUACCGAGAUUCAUUUGCCCCAGCCCUGCAGUACGGUGCGCAUGGCCGGACUUCACGACGUUGGGCGUGUGCGGUACAUUCGAAAAUGUCACAACUUCCGAGCCACCCGUUUGUACCUAUUUCAAUUCUACUAGCAAUAUGACCUGUAUGUAUUCCGUUCCUACGGAUGAGGCGGUCGACACCGGAACGACGGUGAUUAAUAUACAUCCGCCUCCCUUGGGGAUGAAUAUGACCUUCAUGUUCACUGGGACUUACGAGGCCCCAGGAAAUCAAGAGAUGGCAACUCAUAUGGAAGGGGAUGGGUGGGGCUCGAUUGGCAAACUCACCAUUCUUCGCGUGACGGACAAGUAUAUACCCAUAAGUAGGGAACUUCUUCCUACCGACGACAAUGAUCUAAAUAAGUACAAGGAUAACCGAACAACACCGCUACCUGUGGAGAUGAUCAGGAUAUCCUGGAAAUGGUGUGUGAGAAGGUAUCAUGACGUGACAUAUGAAUCCGGCGAUAUCGUCCCUCAAGGAAAUCUCACCACGGAGAAAGUCAUAUCCACUGGUUACACGGAAAUAACCGCAGAGCAGCCCGACGAAUUCGAAAAGCUAACCACCCUUGACGCGAAAACCCAAUUCCUGAUAUCCCCAGAAAUCACCACGAACAUUCAAGGCUUCUUAAAACGUCUCUUUUCCAAUAUCCAGUUAUUCGACCGGUCGCGGUGGAAUUUCGAUGGCACGGGGGCUGGCGGGUCUAAUACUACUAUCGAUAUCACUUCAUUCCUUUACGACGCCGAUCUAAAAGCCGUUGGAUACAAUAUCGCCGAGGAGAUCACGAAUCAGCUCCGCCAGAGUAAUCCCGGCGAUAAUCCUAAUGCGACGAUGAUCGAAGGUGAUGCCUACAUGCAGGAGACUUAUAUGGUGGUUCGAUGGGGUUGGUUGGCGUUGCCUCUAUUAGAGACACUUAUUGCCGCGGGAUUGCUGGUUUUGAGCAUUUAUCUCUCGUACGGCCAGCCUCUUUUGAUGACUUCGAAUAUUGCGCUUUUAUUACAUCCGCUUAAGGGGUGGGGCGACGAUGAGUUGAGAGUGACGCCUGAGACGAUUAAUAGUAUAGAUAGGUGGGCGGAAAAGGAAAAUGCCCAGUUGAUAUCUGAUGAGAAGGGAAAUUCUCGCUUCGUAAGAUUUAACUGAGGCUCUACCUAGGUGCCAAGGUAGACAGCUACCCAAUCAGAAAGCGGUGGCAUUUAUACAAGGGUUUAAAGAUGUUGGUUUCAACGAUACAAAGAUGCAUCCGCACCCAUGUAUUCUACGGUUAGAUCCAUCCUGGUCGCAUUUAUGUUGUUUGAUAAGCCGCUGGACAUCCAAUG